UCCGGCGCUGGGGUCAGGCUCCGCCCAGCUUGCCCGGCUCCGCCCAGCUUGCCCCGCUUCGCUCGCGCUGCUGGAGUCAAGAUGGAGGAGUACGCGCGAGAGCCUUGUCCCUGGCGCAUUGUGGAUGACUGUGGCGGGGCCUUUACGAUGGGCACAAUAGGUGGUGGCAUCUUUCAAGCAAUCAAAGGUUUUCGCAAUUCCCCAGUGGGCGUCAACCACAGACUACGAGGAAGUUUGACAGCUAUUAAAACCAGGGCUCCACAGUUGGGAGCACGAUGUCCUUCUCCAGGGACUGAUCCCUCUCGACAACACGUCCAAAGCAGCUUUGCAGUUUGGGGAGGUCUGUUUUCCAUGAUUGACUGCAGUAUGGUUCAAGUCAGAGGGAAAGAAGAUCCCUGGAACUCAAUCACAAGUGGUGCCCUAACAGGAGCCAUACUGGCAGCAAGAAAUGGACCAGUGGCCAUGGUUGGGUCAGCUGCAAUGGGCGGCAUUCUCCUAGCUUUAAUAGAAGGAGCUGGUAUCCUACUGACAAGAUUUGCCUCUGCGCAGUUUCCCAAUGGUCCUCAGUUUGCUGAAGAUCCCUCCCAGUUGCCUUCAACUCAGUUGCCACCCUCACCUUUUGGAGACUAUCGACAAUAUCAAUAGGACGGUGCCCUAGGAUUUAACAGAAUGAGCUAUAUAGUUCAAGAAGGAUUUUGGAAGACCAAGUUACAGUCUGUUUUUAAAACCAUAGGUGGGACAACUGUGGCCAAAUAGGCUGUAAGAAGACAUUUAGAACUUUUUUCUAUUUAAAAGAACAUGGGGAGGGGAGAGGUAUUAAAAGAUAAUACAUUUAUUUAUUGACACUUGGAUUGAAUUUGUGAUCAAAAUAAAUGUCUAAUAUCCUAAAAAGAAAAUAUAAUGAAUGCUUAGAAGAUGAAGGACCAAAGGACAAAUAACAAUGCAGCAGGACCAUCAUUUCCUUGGGGACUUCUCUGCCGGGUUUUGUGUGUUCUGUUAUUCAAACAAUAAAAACUCCUGGAACUUGCUCUUUCUUUUAAGAUAAGUUGCGGAGUUCUACUUUUCAUCCUCGAAUACUUCAAAUAAUGCAAAGUACAUUUAAAACUGCAUGUUUUAUAGUUAGUACCUCAUCCCACUUGCAGUGAAUUGUAUAUGAGAAGAAUUAUGCAGAGUCAACGUGGAGCAUUUCACAGUAAAACACUUUAUGGACAAAAGGUUAUGGUACAUGUUUACUUUGAAAGUAAGGUGUGCUAUGUCUUGGUUUGGAGGAUGUUGGCUACAAAGCUGUCGUACCUUUAGGGCUUCUGUGUCUUGAUUCCUGAUCGUCAGAAACCUCACCAGAAACAGUUUGCUUCCAAUGUACCCAGCUCUGUAUGAGAAGAAUUGAUAGAGGGUGCUGUUGGCAUUGGCGAAAUAUGGUGUUGGUUGUGUGCUUGAAAAUAAAAUACAUGCUGUUUUCAAUGUG